ACGACCUGCUGAACUACAUUUCCCAAGAGGUGUUGCGGCUGUGCCGCACGACGUCCGGCUGCGAAGAUGGCGGUUUUGUAGCGCGAGUCGGAGGGAGGCUUAGGCUACGACAGGAUUCUGGCUUUCCCCAUCCCUGCUUCGUCCAGCCACUCAGGAGCCAUGGAGGUGGCAGAACCCAGCAGCCCCACGGAGGAAGAAGAGGAGGAGGAGGAAGAGGAGCAGUCAGUGGAACCAAGGCCCCGAACUCGCUCCAACCCUGAGGGGGCUGAGGACCGGGCACUGGGGGCUCAGGCCAGUGUGGGCAGCCGCAGUGAGGGUGAGGGUGAGGCAGCCAGUGCUGAUGAUGGGACAUCCAACCCUCUGGGAGCUGGCCCCAAGCCUUGGCAGGUGCCCCCACCAGCCCCUGAGGUCCAGGUGCGAACACCAAGGGUCAACUGUCCAGAGAAGGUGAUCAUCUGCCUGGACCUGUCGGAGGAAAUGUCACUGCCAAAACUGGAGUCGUUCAACGGCUCUAAAACCAACGCUCUCAAUGUCUCCCAGAAGAUGAUUGAGAUGUUUGUGCGGACAAAACACAAGAUUGACAAAAGCCAUGAGUUUGCACUGGUGGUGGUGAAUGAUGACACUGCCUGGUUGUCUGGCCUGACCUCUGACCCCCGUGAGCUCUGCAGCUGCCUCUACGACCUGGAGACAGCCUCCUGCUCCACCUUCAACAUGGAAGGUCUCUUCAGUCUCAUCCAACAGAAGACCGAGCUGCCAGUCACGGAGAAUGUGCAGACCAUCCCACCCCCAUAUGUGAUCCGUACCAUCCUUGUGUACAGCCGCCCGCCCUGCCAGCCCCAGUUCUCCCUGACAGAGCCCAUGAAGAAAAUGUUCCAGUGCCCAUAUUUCUUCUUCGAUGUUGUUUACAUCCACAAUGGCACCGACGAGAAGGAGGAGGAGAUGAGCUGGAAGGACAUGUUUGCCUUCAUGGGCAGCCUGGAUACCAAGGGCACCAGCUACAAGUAUGAGGUGGCACUGGCUGGGCCCGCCCUCGAACUGCACAACUGUAUGGCCAAGCUGUUGGCUCACCCACUGCAGCGGCCCUGCCAGAGCCAUGCCUCCUACAGCCUGCUGGAGGAGGAGGAGGAAGCCACUGAGGUGGAGGCCACCGUCUGAACUGUCCUUGUGUAUCUGGCCUGUGCCAGGAGACCUGGGGCCAGGAGUUCUUAAACCCCGUUCCAUGGGGCCCUGGGGAACUUCUGGGAGGCACUCAGGGUACUGGGGAGCCCUGAAAGGAAACCCAGGAUUCCAGGGAGUAUCCCAGGGUCUGCGGGCACCCAUCCCCCAUGUUUCCCAGCCUGCAUCUUUCCCCAGUUUGUCAGUUAUAACUUGUUCUUCCCUGUGUGAUUCUUGUCAUCAGAAUAAAAAUCUGAGAAGUCUCUAA